AUGGCAACUAUUGCUUGUGAAUUAACAUGGCUUGUCACCUUACUCAAAGAUCUUGGUGUUUCAAUUUCUUUACUUAUUUCUUUAUUAUGUGAUAAUCAAGCUGCAAUGCACAUCGCCUCUAAUCCUAUUUUUCAUGAGCGAACAAAGCAUAUAGAUAUUGAUUGUCAUUUAGUUCGUGAUAAAGUUCAAGCUGGAUUUCUUCAUCUUCUUCACAUUCCAACACAUCAUCAGUUAGCUGAUAUUUUUACAAAAGCAUUGGGUUCUGAUGCAUUUCAUCAUCUCUUGUGCAAGAUGGGAUUAUCAGACAGAGAAGCUAAUAGCUGGAAUAUGCUCAUUGCGGAUUUCAUUUACAGUACUCGAGAACUUAUUCAAGUAAAGAAGGAAUCAACAACCAAGAAUGUUAGAAGAGGGGUUGUGGGGAACCAAGGUCCAGGUGUGGUUUUGAAUGAGAGUGGUGUACUUGUCAUUCAUAGCAAAGCACCAUUCAAGGAGCUUGGAGGUCGCAGAGUAACUGUCGGAAGGGAUAGCUUUAGUGGUGAGACAGUGGCGAGUAGGAUACGGCGCCGUGCCAUCAAUGAAGAUGCGAGGAUGAGACAAAUGGGUGUGAGAUCUUGUGAUGAUAGCUGA